UCUCAAUUAUAUUUUAUUCUUUGCUUUGGCGUUGCCCAAAUUCACAAUUUUAUUGGGUGUCCUAUAUUUUUAUGUUCCACCAUCCAUAGCCAUUAGCCAUUCUUUUAUGAGCUAUGAAUGCUUUAGUAGUAGUGGAAUACGUAACUUACUAUGAAUAAUAAUGAAUAUUAUCUAUAAAUUAGUGUUUUUUGCAGCGUUUUAGUACAUAAUAAAUUGUAUUAUACAGUUUUUUUUCUGAAUGUGCAGUGUUUUGUGAUAAUUAGUGCUUGGAAAUAUUAGCAAUGGCAGUGAGUGGUUUUUAUAAGGGAGCUAUAAAUGUAGACGCUGACCCGGCUGUUUAUUAUUCCGGGCAGGUUGUAUCUGGCUCAGUUUUUUUUGACCUCGAGCAACCGCUAAACUUUUCGGUUCUUUAUAUACAGUUUCUUGGUGAAGCAAAUGUAUCCUGGAUAGAGAUUGAAACUGAAAGAAUAAAUGGUGUUGAGAAUGAGAAGAGGGUCGAUUAUUUGGGCCGUGAAGAAUAUGUUAACCUUACACAACCAUUGGCAGGAGGGGCAGGUCCAGCACAGCUACCAGUUGGUAGUCACAAUCUCCCCUUUAAGUUCCAAAUACCGAUCACUGCGCCAUCUACUUUCGUAGGAGAGAAGGGUCACAUCACUUACUCUCUCACUGCUUACCUAAUGUACCCUGAUGGGGUAACCAAGGAAGACUUGAAUAAAGAAAUCGAAGUUGUUGCUCCAUUUGAUUUAAAUUUGGGAAGCCCUAGGAUCAGAGAACCAAUUGACCUGGAGUUUGAGGAGUUGCACGGCUGCGGGUGUUUCUGCAACCCGGACCCUGUGACGGUCCGCAUACGACUCCCGUUAUCUGGGUACUGCCCCGGACAAACCAUUCCGGUGGCCGUCGAAGUCGAUAACGAGAGCAAUGUGGAGAUCACCAAAAUGAAAUUCCAGCUUGUUUCUAAAGAGUUAUACCGCAGCAUCCACCCGGCGUCAGAGUACGUGCUUCCGGAGAAGUUUCUGGUGUCCGCUAAGAGCGGCCCCGUCAUGGGUCACAGCAAGCGCAAUUUUACAUACAACCUGAAAGUCCCUCACUUUAUAGCGCCUUAUCUUGAGAACUGUACUAUCAUCGAUGUCGGAUACUUCUUUCGGAUCACAAUAAAACUAUCCGGAUGUACUGACGAUUUGGAUGACGAGGCGGAAAUUUGUUUAGGCUUAGUGCCCGUGAGUGGGUUCUUAGAAGGCGAGUAUACGCAUCCACUAGCCAACCGGCUUCCUAAGGGACCCAUCCCCGUGGCCGCAGCAACUGAGUUGCUGCCUCCGCCCGCCGCCGUCGGUCUAAAUGGCUCUACUUCCAGCCUCCAGCGUCUCCAGUACAAUGCCGUAACAUCUGCGUAUCCUAGUAACCCACCACCCUAUCCAAGCGGGAAUGUGCCUUAUCUCUCACAGGAUACGUUCCAAUCUGCCGAAUCAAUAGAAAUGAAGCCGAAACCAGGGUCUGAUUAUCAGAUUGGUUUUAAGGCGCCUACGGUUCCUGUGGGCAAUGUUCCAUACACUCCGAUGUUUCCUAAUCCGUACGCCUCGCAGACCGCUGUGGCAGGGGGCCCCGCCCCUUACCCGACAAACAUGGCGGCCGGGAACAACGGCCUGCCGCCACACACGCAGGGCGGCUUCGUGCCCUCCGCACCUCCCCCUACCGACUAAUAUGUACUUAUUAACAUGAGGCCUUCUGGUAUGUAAGUCUUAAGCUAAGUAUUCACUAUAACAUAAAUACCUAUUUGUAAUCGAAAGUCGUAGUCGUCUAAUACGUACGUUUUUGACAAGCAUUUGUACAAGUUUCGUAUUCACCCCGAAUACUGUUAAUGGAUAUAAACGUAGCAUUAGUCUACGGACGCUUAUUUCAAUAAUAAAGAAUAUAAGAAUACCCGUUUAAAGACAAUGUAAGUAAAAAUAUUAUGUGGUAACUACAACAUUACAAUCAAGUUACUACUAUCUUAAGAGGCAUAUAAUUAUUUAAUAUGAAUGUUUACUGUAGAGUUUCGCGCAAUUUUGUUUUUAACGAUAUACAAUUUAUACCGUACUGUUGUACUUAAUAAUAAUGUAUCUAGUAUCUACCCCCUCGGGGCUAGUCGUUCUCUCUCUCCAUGGGAAUAACGCAUGCCCAGAGGGUACAUUAGUAUGCUUUUCCAAACCUUGAGAUAUAAAUAAAAAAUGUAUCUGAAGGUCUAUGUAGGAGCAUACAUCCGCAGGGCAGCUUGUGGCG